AUGGGAAACUGCUGUGUAAAGCCUGUGGAUAAUCUUUCUACCACUAUUAAGCUGUCUAACGUCGCUCCAGCAGCAUCCAAAGUGGUUCAUGCACAGCCUUGUAGUGGUGGAGGAAAAGAGGAAGUGGCGGCUACAGCAAGUAGUACUGGGAAAAUAGUAAGACCAAAUUUGAAAUUGUACAGUUUAGUGGAAUUGAAAAGAGCAACGAGAAAUUUUAGACCAGAUACAUUAUUAGGGGAAGGAGGUUUUGGUAGUGUUUAUAAAGGCUGGGUUGAUGAGCAUACCUUAGCUCCUUCUAAAGCUGGCUUUGGAAUGGCCGUCGCUGUAAAAAAAUCUAACGCAGAUAGCCAGCAAGGUCUCAACGAAUGGCAGGCAGAAGUAGAGUUUCUGGGAAAAUUUAGUCAUCCAAAUCUAGUCAAAUUAAUCGGAUAUUGCUGGGAGCAGAAGCAAUUCCUGCUUGUAUAUGAAUACAUGCAGAAAGGGAGUUUAGAUAAUCACCUUUUCAGAAAAGAGGGUGCAGACACACUUUCCUGGGACAAACGAAUUAAGAUAUUAAUAGGAGCAGCUCGAGGUCUUGUUUUUUUGCACACAACAAAGAAGCAAGUCAUUUACCGUGAUUUUAAAGCUGCCAACAUUUUACUGGAUGGGGACGACAAUGCCAAGCUUUCUGAUUUUGGACUUGCUAAGCUAGGUCCUGCAAAUGGCGAAUCACAUGUGACAACCGGAGUUAUGGGUACUUAUGGCUAUGCAGCUCCAGAGUACAUGGCCUCUGGUAAUUUUUACCUUCCUAUUUUCUUCUAUAUAUCCUCUUUGCUAAAUAAUUACUGGACAUAA